UGUAACAAAUAAAAAUUUCACGUAUUCCGUGAAUAAGAGCAGUUAAAAACAACUAACUACAAAGAGGAUAUAUGAUUAAUAUAAUAAUUAAAUAUAAAAACGAAGAAAUAAGGUAGAUUUGUUAACAUAUUAAUUUAUUUCCUAUAUAGAACAGUAAUAUAAUUACGUAUACACAACAUCAAAGGUACUGUACUUAAGCAUGUGUUAUCCAGUGUGUACCUUGUUUAAAUUGCUAAAACAAUAGGUUGACAGCGGGGUAUUCCUAGUAUACAUGGAAGGGGCUACCAGGUGCUAUUAGACGGUGUAUUACCCGUACACAUAGAAGGGGUGAGGUACUAAUUAUGAGGAGGUUAAUGAAGAGACCCUGCCAACACAUUGGCUUCCCAAUGUCACUUUUAUUUGCGACUUCAAGAAGACAACAUCAAUGGGUGUUUGAGGAGACCUUCCUACGUCUGGAUGGGCGUGCACCAGAGUUUCUUGCUCCAGUGAUGGACUAUGUCUACAGGACGUGGAUCCGUUCUUCAAUCUUCAAGAUCCAUCACUGGAGUGUGUUCAUGACGUCCAUCCGGACGAACAACAAUGAUGUGGGGGGGGGGGGGGGGUGGCACAACCGCCUAAACACCAGUGUUGUCACCAGGGGAUCGGUUCCCUUUUACCAUCUUCUUCUUGUUCUGCAUCGGGAAGCGACCAACAUCACAGUGCAGAUGAAGAUGGUAUAUGAAGGGAAGAUGCAGAGGUUCCAAAGGAAGAGGACAUUACAGGUGGAAGGUCGUGUCUUCAAGCUGUGGAACAACUACUGUGAAAGAUCGAUCACUGCGAGUGAACUGUUAAAGGGCUGUGCUUCUAUUUAUGGACCACCAGCUUUGAACAUGUGAUUCGUUCAGAUAUCGUGAUAUCGACAGCUGUGCCCCCUUCGUGAAAUGUGCAUCUUGUAAAGUAAAAAUGUCUUUUACUUAUAAAGUAUGUUUGUUAUUGUCACUGCAUUUAAAAUAUCUUGUUUUGUUUUAUUGAGUUUUUUUAAUCAAAAUUGCUGUUACUGUUUUUGUUACUCGUUGUGUCUAUGUUUAAAAUUCAUAAUGAAUAAAAAGAUGGAUGUAGCUAAGAAUAUAAUAAUCGUUGUUGUUCUUUAAAGGAUUUUAAUGAAUUAAAUUAGACAAAAUUGCAAAAUGAGUUAAUUGAAUAUACAACUACAAGCAAUAUUAUAGUUCACACAGUAUCAAUAAUUUCAGUAGCAAGUGAAAAAGUUGCUCUUUAAUGGUAAAAAAAUGUAGUAAACAUACUACAAUGCAAGAAAUUAAGGACAUGAUAAGAAAAUUAUUUGAAAAACCACAAAAAAAUCAUUUCUGAUAUUUAAUCUGUCUCUUUUAAUUAUUUCUGCCUAUAGUAAUUAUUGUAAGUAUUUUUACUACAUUUAGCAAUAAUAUGAUUAUAUGGAUUAAUUGUCUCAAUUCAUAUAUUAACUAGGCCUAUUUUCUCCGGCCGUAAUUAGCUUGGGAGCGCCUCUGAUAUGCUCAUUGAUGAAUGUGAAGAACAUCGCGCCAAGAUGAAACUAAACUGGUCA